AGGCCCAUAAAAUGUUGUAAUACUUAAUACUUGAAAAAUGUCACGCAGAUCGUGACUUUUGCUAAGCAGCUAGCUGUAGGCGAUUUAGUAGAGGCCUAAUGACAUGGCAAGAAUGAAUACUGGCCUUGAACUCGUGAAAACGUCACGCGACUGUACUUGGCCUACUAGUACUGCAUGCAAUGUGCACGCGUCCCAUGUUUCGGCAUCACGCACGUAAGGCCAGCCUGCAGUGAUGGUGUCGCGCUUUGUUUACAUAGGCCUAAUUAUGUAACGUUUCAUGGAAUCGAUGACGAUGGGGCGAUGGGGCCAUGGGGGCCCAAGGUAGAUACAGUCAGUAGAGCCUAACUAUUGAGAUGAAUAAUAAUUAGGCUGGGACCUGUAAAUGCCAAAUCCCAGUGAAGAUGGAAAAACAUCAAGCAUUCCAAGAGCAAGAGUGCCCGCGAAUACUGCGGCUCAUCACCUACCUGGCUCCUAGCAUCCCGCUGGAAUACUUUGAGGUCCUGAAGGAGUAUUUAGAGGAGAAAUUGGAUUGCUACGUUUAUCUUUUGUGCGAGAGCCGAUGGUCUGGUCCUCCAGAUGACCGUGUCGACCCAUUCACAACGGGGGAUGCGGACAUAGGAUUUGUGUGUGCUCCAACAUUCCAACGCAUGCACUCAAAGUCCAGCAGUAAGGCUGCUCUGCUGGGCGUGGCCCCUGCUCACAUCACCCCACACGGCAGCGACCUCCCAGUGUAUUACACUGAAGUUGUCGUCCACAAGGACAACUGUGAUAGAUUUAAACGAUUUGAAGACCUGAGGGGAUCUGUUUGGGCCUACAACGAUGCACACUCAUUGAGCGGUUAUUGGAUAACUCGGCUUGAGCUCGAAAAGAUGGCUGAGAGUACAACUACUUUCUUCAACAAAACCCUCCAGUCAGGUUCGCAUCUCAAGUCUAUUGAGAUGAUCCUUGACAAGACAAUUGAUGGUACAGGAAUUGACUCCAAUGUCCUAGCCUUUCAAAUGAAAGCCCAUCCCAAGCUGAAGGACAAGCUACAUGUUGUCACCUCAUGGGGACCACUGCCAGUUUAUCCUGGGGUCGUCAACUCGGAGUUACCUGAGGAUCUCAAGAAAUCCAUAACUGGACACCUUCUCAACAUGCACCAGGAACCAAAGUGGCAGGCUAAACUCAACGACUACAUGGUGUCGAAAUUUGUGCCAGUUACCUUGAACCAGUAUCAACUAGAAAUUCAAUGAUCAGACUAGUGUUACACGAAGCACUGAAAUUCAUUCACAAAGUCGGCACAUAUGUGUGUACCUAUGCAACUGAUAACACAUCCUUCUUAGUUUGGUAUGAUUGUGUGCCUUUCAAGUCUUUGCGCCACAUCUUUGUAUUGAAUCCUGUGUGCUGAAAUCCACUUGAAAUCUGAAUUUUCUGUAUUUAUAACAAACAGAAAAACAAAACUGAAAUAAUUGAGCCAUUCAAAUUUCUUUUAUAAAUGUUGAUGGGGAGGUAUUUUUGUAAAUUUUGGAACGUAUGACAUUGCAUUAUUUCAUCUUGCAAUUUGAUAUAGUUGUUGAAUUUCAAAUCAAGAUUUAACUGAAAUGUCAUUCAGGUAGAUUUUUAUGACAGCACUCGACAAAUUUUAUUAAAUAAUUGUCUCACAAAUCUGGUGUCUUUUGUGCCAUAUUUAAGUGGAUAAUCUGCCGUCGGUCUUGUCACUCAAACGAUGACUUAAUUUGGAGGUUGAAUGAUAUUGCUGGGAAUAAAGUUUGUGCAAUCAGUAAUUUAGGUUCAAUUUUAG